UUGUUGUGUAUAUUUGUAGAUAUUCAGGGGUCUAUUGGAGCCUUUAGUUACUCUUGAAGACUUGCAAGGUCAACUGCAACCCGUGACAAUGUUGUUUGAGCUUUGGCAGAAGCAUGGGAAGCAUGUUGAUAUCAAACAUUGGCGAGAUGAGAGGAAGAGUAUUGCUAGUGUGUACGUUGAUGGAGAAUUUGUUGCUUCGGGUUCUUCUGAACAUAAGGAAUGUGCCAAGCUUGAUGCUGCUAAGGUAGCUGUGGAUAAGUUAUCGCCAUCGAUGGGUGUAAAUGAUGAGUCGUUUGAAGGUGUUGUCUUAAUGGAUGGAUCAUUUCAUAUUGAAGAAGCAAAACAGAAGUUGCAUGAGAUUUGUGACCAGAAAAAAUGGCCUAGACCAAUUUGCCACAUUGAGAAAGAUGAAGGUCCUUCACAUGAGAAGAGAUUUGUGUCCUCAGUUAAAAUUGCAACUAUAGAUGGGGUGCUAUACAUGAAGGGAGAUGAAAAGUCGAGAGUAAGAGAUGCAGACAAUUCUGCAGCUUCCUUGAUGAUCCGGGCUUUACAAGAAUAUCGUUAUAUAUGACGCAACGCUCUACCUACUGCAUUUGAAGGCAUAGGUUGGAUGGAAAUUUACAUAUUUAAACUUCAGAGAAAGCAAGAAUUGCCAUGGACUUUGGGAAAUUGCUGUGUUUCAAUGCCUCAUGGAUGCUAAGGCUUGUAAAUUUCAGAUGGUCCAAAGCUCACCUUCAAUGUAAAAAGCUUUUAACGUUUGGUUUGGCAGACGCACUUAAUUUUAAAUUUACCUGCAAGCUUCUCUGGCAUUCCCACAA